AUGGCAUCGAAUGAUAAACACGAGCCUGUGAAAUGGAAGAUAACCUUGCCAGGGCUUUCCCAACUCUCCUCAUUUGUCGGUACGGACCACAUCGUUACGGAUGAUGAAGUUUCCGAAAUCAACGCCUUGCUUGUACCGCCUAUGAAAACGCUUCGGUCCCUUGAAGAUGAAAUAGACAAAAUCAAUCAGAUCUUGAAGAAUCUCUGCCAACAGCAUGCAUCCUUGUCAGAGGAAAUUAACACCGUCCGCACAAUAAUCGCACCUAUAAGACGCAUACCUACCGACAUUCUCAUAGAGAUAUUCCAUCGGUGCCUUCCUACGGAACACAACGUGUGGAUGAACAAGCGUCAAUGCCCCCUCCUCCUCACUCACGUCUGUCGGAAUUGGAGGAAGGUCACAAUAGCCACUCCGAGUCUUUGGGCAUCCGUGCACAUCCUGAUACCCGAACUACCAGUCGACUAUCGCUACGGACCAUACGUGAUUACGGAACACAAAGGGCAGGUGGCGGAAGCUGUGGAACGUCGGGCCAUCAGAGUGCAGGAAUGGCUCACAAAAAGCGGGGCUUGUCCUCUUAGUAUUUCUCUUUCAGAAGAUGAUGUCGGCGACUUCCCGCGUCCCGAUUCCAUCAUCCCCGUUUUUAUCAGCUCUUCGAGCCGCUGGAAGAAUCUCGUCGUCGUCGCCCCUCCUGAUCGCCUCUCAAGACUUGCAGCUGUCAGCGAUGUACCACUCUUGGAAUCCCUCACGCUUGUUCAAGAAUCGGCUCCACGAUUAGGCAACUACGCAGAGGCGAACUCAAAUAUUGAAUGGGAGAGAAGCGCCCUCCUGAAGGCGCCGAAGCUGAAGAAAGUGUCGUUUGAGCGGCUAUGGGGAACGCCCCCUCCACUUCCAUUGAGGUGGUCCCAACUUACCUCUUUCACCUUCAAGGAGAAUUCAAGUGGGUUUUCCUCAGACGAGAGGUCCCCCGUUCUCGACGUCGCUCGCAUGCUGCAACCGUGUGUCCACCUCGCAAAUUUGCAUCUUGAACUUUCUUUGCGAUUCAUUGAGAUGCAGCCACUUUCCAAUGAAACAGAAGAGUUACGCGAUCCUUUUGUGCUUUCCCUCCCACUUCUUGAGUGUCUAUUCAUUCUUGAUGGAGGAGGGGAUGCAAGGCGCACAACAAUAUUCUUCGAUAUUUUGCAGGCACCAUCACUUAUAUCUCUUGAAAUCAACACCAGCCCCCCGUUAUCCUUCUUCUCUCAUCACGCCAAUAUCAGAGACCUCCAUCUUCAUCUCGACCAAUUUGCACAGGAGAAUUUCAUCCAAUUACUGCGUCAUUGUCCACAGGUGACUUCGCUUGUCACAUCCCGGAGCCCCAAGCCUUGGAGCCUCGAUGAAUUCCUUCAAGCUCAUAUAUUUAUAUUCGAUGACAACACUCUCAAGUUAUUCAUGUCCCCUAGUGGCAGUGAUGGAUCCUACUUAUGUCCGAAGCUCGAGGAUCUUGAAUGCAGGUCAUGCGCCGGGUUCUCAGACGAUGGAUUAGUCGAAUUUAUCACUCUAAAACGGAACGAUUCGCUGCCAGAUGUGGCCAAAAUCAAGAGACUGCAUGUGGAAUUUGAUAGGCCGCAGACGUCAUGGACUGAAAAACAGAGUCAGGGGUUUGUGGAGGACCUGCUGAAGGUUGCUCAUUUGAAUUCGGGCAUUAGAGACAAUAGUUAUGGAUACACCCAGAUGAAGAUGGAGAAUAUUUCUGCCCUCGGUUGGAACAACUGCACUGAUGGAAGUGCACCAAAUGUUGCAAAGCUCAAGCGAGCCGAGAUCACAUUCAAUCGAAUGCUGAUGGUCGAUGUCGUGAAGACGAAGGACUUUCGAGAAGGUGGUCUCGACCUUCAGUUGUCCUAUGCCGAAGGUUUUCAAUAA